UGAUCUUUUGCCUGCUGUUGUGAUCAUGGGGGCUGGGGCCAGUGCUGAAGAGAAGCACUCCAGGGAGCUGGAAAAGAAGCUGAAGGAGGACGCAGAGAAGGAUGCUCGAACUGUGAAACUGCUGCUGCUGGGUGCUGGUGAAUCUGGGAAGAGCACCAUUGUCAAGCAGAUGAAGAUUAUCCACCAGGACGGGUACUCACUGGAAGAGUGCCUCGAGUUCAUUGCCAUCAUUUAUGGCAACACACUGCAAUCCAUUCUGGCCAUUGUGCGAGCCAUGACCACACUCAACAUCCAGUAUGGAGACUCGGCUCGCCAGGACGAUGCACGGAAGUUGAUGCACAUGGCAGACACUAUUGAGGAGGGCACCAUGCCCAAGGAGAUGUCAGACAUCAUCCAGCGGCUGUGGAAGGACUCGGGGAUCCAGGCCUGCUUUGAUCGUGCCUCGGAGUACCAGCUCAAUGACUCAGCUGGCUACUAUCUCUCAGACCUGGAGCGCCUGGUAACCCCAGGCUAUGUACCCACUGAGCAGGAUGUGCUACGCUCACGUGUGAAGACCACUGGCAUCAUUGAGACACAGUUCUCCUUCAAAGACCUCCACUUCAGGAUGUUCGAUGUCGGAGGACAGCGCUCUGAACGCAAGAAGUGGAUCCACUGUUUCGAGGGGGUGACUUGCAUCAUCUUUAUUGCGGCCCUGAGCGCCUACGACAUGGUGCUGGUGGAAGAUGACGAAGUGAAUCGCAUGCACGAGAGCCUGCACCUGUUCAACAGCAUCUGCAACCACCGUUACUUCGCCACCACCUCCAUUGUGCUCUUCCUCAACAAGAAGGACGUUUUCUCUGAGAAGAUCAAAAAAGCACACCUUAGCAUCUGCUUCCCGGAUUAUGACGGACCUAACACGUAUGAAGAUGCUGGCAACUACAUCAAGGUGCAGUUCCUUGAGCUCAACAUGCGGCGUGAUGUGAAGGAGAUCUAUUCCCACAUGACAUGCGCCACCGACACACAGAAUGUCAAGUUUGUCUUUGAUGCUGUCACCGACAUUAUCAUAAAGGAGAACCUCAAAGACUGCGGCCUCUUUUGAGGUGCCUCAACUCUUGUGUCUCCCUUGCCCUGAAACCCUAUUAGUGGUAGCCCUGCUGCUCUCCUAGGCACAGAUCCAAAGCCCUUGAGACUUGAGGCACGACCCUCCCCCAUGCCCCAACCCCAGACCUGGCCCUUCACCGCCUGGUUGCACUGGCCUCUUGGACCCAGCUAGGACAGGGCAGGAGCUCGGGGCAGCUGGAGUGACUCAGCAGGCCCCAAGUGACCAAUCUCCUUCAGUUCUCUUGUCCCCAGGAGCCGCAGCUCAACUGGUGGGUCUGGGUUCACCAAUCAGCCCUUCCCUCCUCCAGGGUUUCGUGAAGGACUCUAGCCUGUGUCCCUCCGCCCCAGCAGGCUUGUUGCUUUGGCCAGCAGUCCAGUCCACUUGGCACCUCCAUGUGACAAGUCCCACACACCUACCAAGUGACUGGGGACUGCCUGCUCCCUUCCUAGAAACUUCAGGAAUGAAGUACAAACUAGUCCUAGACUGUGACACCUCCAGCAUCGAUUAGUUAGUGACAAGCGUAGAGUGAUAGACGUAGGUACCAGGGAGAAAUAUAAACUGAGCCCUCCCUCAAAUACCGGGGGGGGGGGGGCCUUCCCCCUCUAGAUCUCCCCUCUCUGUACUUAGACACUAGAUCUACACCCCACUUUGCUCACCCACACAAUAUUCGUAGCUCUGGGGACAACAUAUUAAGGGAGGGUAGUGUUGACAUGGGCUAUGGCCAAUAAUCAGGCUGUCCUGAGGGGUAGCUGGGGGGCAGAGUCCAGCGUUUAUUGAUCAGCCCCAGGCAGAGGAUUCUGGAUAGGGCAGAAGCCUCGGUUGUGCCCCAAAUCCAGGUGCCCCAGCUGUCCCUUAGCCUUGCCCUCAGGGCUGAUUCCUUGGGAGGAAGAAGCCAACGCCUGCUUGACUCAUCAGAGACACUGGCCUGUGUUUGUCCUGCAUUCCUUGCUGUCCGCUUUCUCAUGAAACCCCAAAUCUUUGCUUAUGCCGUUGGCCUGCAUUACAGCCCGGGACAAGGAACUUCUGUCUGGUGAGGCCAAGGCAUAAUCGGCACUUUC